AUGUCCAACAUCAUCCAUAAAGUCAAGGACACGAUUGCCCAGCACAAGGAGCAUAAGGAAGAGGAAAAGGUAGAGAAGACUGCGGAGCACCACACCGGCACCAACGACAACACCUAUGAUUCUACCAAGUCUUCCAACCACGGUCCCCAUGGCAGCAACACCGCCAAUAAGGCCGACCCUCGUAUUGACAGCGACCGGUCCAACUUGACUGGCUCAACUUCGGGCAACUACGGGCCACACGAUAGCAAACUUGCCAACGAGGCCGAUCCCCGUGUUGACAGCGAUCUGGACGGCCGUGCUGCCCACAACACCUCCACUGCCACUGGUGCUGGCUACGGCUCAACCGGCACUAACCACGGCACCACAAACGCCUAUGAUUCUGCCCGCUCUUCGAACUAUGGUCCUCACGACAGCAAAUUGGGCAACGCCGUCGACCCUCGUGUGGAUAGCGACCUAGACAGUCGAGGUGCCCACAAUACUACAACUGGGUACGGCUCAACUGGACCUACUGCGGCUGGUGCUGGCUAUGGCUCUACUGGCAACAACUAUGGCACCGCCAAUACCUACGAUUCCGCCAGAUCCUCCAACUAUGGGCCCCAUGGCAGUAAUGUUGCCAACGAGGUCGACCCUCGCGUUGACAGUGACCGUGACGGCCGUGCUCACCAUAGCACUUCCUCCGGUCACGGCGCUGGUUACGCUGCUACAGGUGCCGCUGCCGGUGCCGGCGCUGGCUACGCUGCCUCGCACCACAACUCAACUCACGCCCCUUCCACCGGUCCUGCCACCUCGACGUCUGGUCCCCACUCCAGCAACGUAGAGAACAAGGUGGAUCCCCGUGUUGACAGCGACACUCCCAACGACCGUUAUUCCGCUUCAACUGGCCCAGCCUCUUCGACCGCUGGUCCCCACAAGAGCAACGUUGCCAAUGAGGCUGAUCCCCGUGUCGACAGUGACCGCAGCAAUGCUACCUUUGUUGGCGGUGACUCCCGAUUUGAUAAAGAUGUUCACAAGGCCAGCCUUGGUGGCGGUGAUGUGAUGCACCUUUCUGGUAACAAGGCCCCGACUACUACCCAGACUUUUGAAAAGUCCCAGCAUGAGAGUCUUGGUAGCGGUGCUGCCGCUGGUAGCAGCUACAACUCUCAGAAGACUGUUGGUCCUCACAGCAGUGAUACUGCCAACAAGCUCGACCCUCGCGUCGACUCGGACCUUGAUGGAUCCAAGACUGUUGGCUCUCAACGUGUUUAA